AAAAUAUUUAUUAAUUAUUUUAUUAUUUGUAAUUAUUACUAAUUUAACCAAUUCUGUUUAUACAUUUGUAAUAUAAUUUCAUUUUAAUAUGUAUAUUUUGUACAUAAUUUCCCAUGUUACAUUCAACAUUCCCUGUUUUGAAUAACUUUGAAUGCUGCAAUAUUUUAACUAGCAUACGCCGGGCUGAAGGUAAAUACAAAUCAUAAUGGCACAAACAAGGCGCGUGCCAGUCUUUGGUUCACGGCCCCCAUGUGCAUACCAAUCCCGACUUGAUGAACGUAGCUUACAAUUACGUAUGGCUAGAUUGGAACGGUCCAGAAAGUCAGAUAAACCGGAAGAUUUUGUUUGCUAUGAAGACUCGGAUGAAGAAGAAGAGAGCACAAUGUCAUUAUGUACUAUGCUAAACUCUUCUUAUAAUUUUGUUGAUUAUAUAAGAAAUCGAGAAUAUGGAAUGCGAGAGUAUCGUUCAGUAAAUCAGAAUCAUGGUACAAGGCAUAUACUAACACAUGACUUAUUUAAAGAACGGUCUAUUCCAUUAAAAACAAUGAAUAAAGUUUUUUGUUCACAAUGGCUUAGUAGUAAACAAAUUGUCUUUGGUACAAAAUGUAAUAAAUUAAUGGUUUAUAAUGUAAAAUCACAUGAACUGGACCAAAUACCAUCGAUAAAGGGACGUAUAGAUGAAGCGGCUGAUCAACAAAGCGGUAUUCAUUCAUUAAAAAUUAAUCCAUCCAGAACGUUAUUGGCAACAGGCGCAUAUAAUUCUAAUGAAAUUGCUGUAUAUAGGCUGCCAACAUUAGAUCCAAUUGUUCUAGCCGAGGGUGCUCACAAAGAUUGGAUAUUCGACAUUGAA